AUGACUCUCUCUACUAUUGAGAGUUUAUUUUCUGUGACAGGUAAUGGACAAACAAACACACUUGUUUCUCCAUCUGCAAGAAUCAGCAGAUACAAAACAAUCAAAGACUUUGUUAACAUCACCAAGAAACAUGGCAAUAACAAAGAAUUCACUCUAAAAGAAUCUCCAAUGCAGAAAUAUUGUUCCAAAGUGGGAGAUACAUUUUUGUGUCAACAAAGAAAUAGCAAAGGUAAUUCAACAAGUGUGUGUGUUGAUGUUGGUGUUGCCAAUUUUUCUUCCAUGAUGUUUAGUGAAUCUUUUUUAAUGGUCCAACCAAAAAAACAAACAAACAAUGACACAUCCUUGGUGGAUUUAUUGUCAUUGUUCAACAUGUUGACACAUACAUUGCGAGAUGAGACAGUUUAUGAAUUGUUGUUGCAGCUUUUUUCAAAUGAUAUUGACUUAUUCGAAACCUUUUGUAAAGAUUUACAAAAGAGAAACGAAAAAGUAUCUUCAUUAUUCAUUGCUUUUUCUGUAAAUGUGGUUUCAUUUAAUUCUUACAUCCUUUUGCAAAAAGAUAGAAUGCGAAUUUCAGAUAGUCUUUACCAUGAGAUUCGAAUUAGAUUCUUUCUUGAAAAAUAUUUACCUCCCUUAGAUGACUUAAAAGACACAAGAAAAGAAAAAAACAUAGAAGUGCUUGGCUUUUAUGAUGUAAAUAUUAGAUCUGUCAGUUAUGUAGCCAGUGUUCAGCAUGAAAAAGAGCAGAUAUAUGAGGACAUUGAUGAGCCAGAGGAUGCCUGUGAAGAUACUUGUCAAAAUAUUUGUCAAGAUAGCUGUCAGAAUAUUUCUUCAAAUCCUACACAAGACAACCAAUCGUCCAACAGUGUUGGUGUUGCAAUGAGUAUGUCGAGUAAUGUGUUGAAUGAAUCACCUGUGACGGUAAAAGGAAAUAAGAAACAAACGACAGUCGUGUUUGUUAAAAAUAUUACAAAAUUGGUAAAGAGUAUUUUGAAAUUGGAAUUAAUCGAAACCAUCAAUAGACAAACAAAAGGAAAAGUUAUUUCUGAGAACGAUAUGGCUUUUUUGGAAAAAGCAACAAAAGAGGCCAUUAUGAGUUAUGGAAUGGAUCAAAAGGGUCUUAAUGGUUUGACAGUUUUGGGUGUAUCUAUGCGAGGUUCUAGAGUUUUUAAUGCUCAAUGUCCCUUUUCAAUAAUUCCAUUGGCCCUAUGGAAUGGUAAGGAAAAAGAUAUUUUAUUUAUAUCAAACAUUAUAAGGGCAGAGCUUGAUGAAUUGCGUAAACAGGUAGUGGUUAUUGAAUACAAUGGAAAAAAUUACAAGUAUGAAUUAAAAAACAAACUUGUUACUGAUUUGUCUGCGUUUAAAUAUUUAAAUGGAUGGAGCAGAAUUAAUUGUCCAUUUUGUGAUUGUCCAAACGCACAUAGUUCAAUUAAACAGGGAUGCACUGUUGUGGAAAGGUCUGGUAACACAGAAAUUUCAAAUUGUUUAGGAUUUGAUCAUACUGAUUUUAUAAUUUGUUAUUUACAUUUACUCGAAAGAAUCAUUCAACAUCUAUUAAGGCUUAGUUUAGGUACAGCAGAAGAAAAUUUCGAUUCUAUGGUAAAAGAAAUUCAAAUGGUUUCAACAUUAAGAAACUUGAUGUUUGAACCAGAUGAAAAUGGAGAUUACAAUUUAUAUCUCACUGGUGACCAAUGUGAAGCUCUAUUGCAAGGACGUGCUAAAUUUUUUAAAAAUUGUCCAAAACAUAUUCAAGAAUUAUGGAACGAAGGCAAUCACAUUCUUGAUAUAUUCAAAAAAGGGCUGAGCAAUGGCGAUUAUCAAGAUUUCCAAUUAUCUCUUGAUCGUUUCUUCCAGAAAUUUAAAAAGUAUUCAACAAUAGGAAGCUGGUAUGUUCACAUAAUUAUGUAUCAUGGGGUUGCUUUGUUAAAAACGUAUGGAGGCUUGUCAAAAUGGAGUGCAGAAGGUUUUGAACAUUUUCAUAGACUUCUUGAAUAUAUUUUGGAAAAUUGUGUGCAACAUGGAACAAAUACAAAAGAGUACUGGUAUUUGAUGCUUAAAAAACCAACAAAGCCGAGUGAUUAUCCUCCCCUUCCAACCAAGAAUACAGAAAUACUUUCAUAUACUGACAUGGAAUUUAGCAGUGAUAAUCUCAAAAAUCCCUCAGAAGAGAGAUAUGGUAGAAAAGAUUUUGGUUGUUCUAUUGAGAUCUCUGCUGGGUUAAAGUUGGCUCAAAUUUUGGCCUAUUUUUUAAGAUGUAUUCAGUUAACUUUGGAUUUGGAUGAGUCUUGGAAUAGGAUUGAGAACAGAACAACAAAAACAAAAGAGGAAGAAUUUAAAAGAAAGAUCGAACUGAACAACAAUGAAUUCUCAACCAAUCCAAAUGUUGAUGGAGUUAAUUCUUGGAUAAAGGUUAAAAGGGUCAAACAUUCUAAACAAACAACUCACAUUGAAAGCCAACAGGAACAAACCAUUCCAACAUCUGCCUACAACAAGUUCUAUACUUUAUAA